CUCAGUUGGUUUUGUGCCUUCGAAUUCCAGACGCACCCCAGCCCGGCUUCAUCCUCGCACCAUCUACACAGACAACAUGCCAUUGAUUAGAAUUGUGGCGCUCAUGCCCCGACACCAUGCCCUGGGUUGACACGCGUCGCACGGUGAGAAGCGUCUGCCGUCGGGUGUGGGCGACAGUCUCACAACCUCCGCCAAAGCCUGUGACAGACGAGCCCGAGGAGAUCCUCCCCUUCCUCCCAGAUCCGCGCCCCCGAUGCAUCACGCCGCAGCCCUCCGCCGAUCCUCCGCAUCGAGAGGAAUGUCUAUUCUUCCGUAGACUGCCCCCCGAGAUACGGAUUCAAAUUUAUAAUCAUGCGUUCGGCAACCAGACCUUGCACAUGGACCUCAGCUACAUCUGGCCAGACACGCCCAGAUCAAGGGUGGCUGCUGAGGACGGGAGCACGCGACACUGCGCAAUCACACCCAUGGAGAGUCACCCGUCCUAUCGCGAUCUCGACAGCACGCAACCAAAGGCAUGGCGCUGGUGGGGCAGCGUGUGCCACAGAGAACCGCCGCCGCACGAAAUGUCCGUGAUUCGUCGCUGGGACUUGGAGCCGGCGCCGUGGUACGACAAAUGCCGUAACGGCGACGUGAAGUAUUGCGCGGUCUGGGGAGGCGCGUGGCCUGCAAGGUGCCAGAUUGGUGUCAUGGGCUGGCUUCUAAGCUGCCGCCUGGCGUACGACGAGACCAUUGACGUUUUAUAUCGCCAAAACACCCUGCACAUAGUCAGCCAUGCGAUUUUCGAAAACCUCAACCGGCUCUUCCUCGCACAGCGCUUGUCGUGCAUCUCGUCGUUGGAGAUCAAGUUCGGCACGAGCAUCAUUUCGAUGCACAGGUGGGCAUCGUACAGGAAGGCGAUCGACGGGAUACAGAAUCUCUUCCAGGUCCUCACAGCUCAACUUCCAAGUCUCCGCACCCUUCACGUCACCAUCACAUCUGUGUUUCAUAUUUACACCUCGGUGGACUUUAAUCCUUUCCUCGAGGCCGCGGACAAGUUCAUUGUCGCCAACCCUGCCUUGACACGCUUCACGCUUUCCAUGCCGCAAGGCGCCUUUCAGCGUUUGUGGGUCGAAGCACAGGAAAAUAGAGCGCCGCAACACGAGAAUGGUGGCAUCGAGAAGGAAGUCUUCCGGUUUCUCAACGGCACCUACGGAUUCACAGACCAAGAUGCCCAGGGGACGGGCCUUCGUUGGAAGCGCGAUCGCCCGCUGCGGUCCAACUCCAACGAGUGCGACAAUGGGUACUGGGUCAUUGAGGGUCAGAGCAACCCUCAUCUAUUUGGCUUGUAGCAUCAAGCGACCUAGUAUACGUAUGUAAAGUACGGGUUCUCCUUGUCGCUUCGCCUUCUUUGCGUUUUCCCUCCUCAGGACAACGUACAGUGCUGCACUAGCCGCGAUGCAGAUGGCGUAGCAGAUGAUCAGGCCUGUCCAAAGCUCGGGAUAGUGGUCGGCCUUUUGCUUCGAGUCCACCAGCUGUGGGCCAACAAUAUUGCCGACGCAGUAGGCAAUGAAGAUGGUCGCGGCCAUGAAGCUCUUCUUUGUGUGUCCGGCGACGUUGGACAUGCCCACAGUGAUGAUCAGAGACACGACGGCGCCAAAGAAUCCGGUGAUGGAGUAGCCGGCGAGAGGCGUCG